AUGGCCUCCCGCGUCGUCGCCCGCCGUUUCUUCACCACCACCACCCGCCGGUUCCAGGAGGCUCACCAGAAGGCUGAGCUCAAGAAGGAGACCCGUCAAAACCCCGAGCUUCUGAUCCUCGGCGGUGUCAUGGUCGCUGCCCUCGGCGGCGCUGGCUUCUACUUCGGCCGAUCUCCCACUGGCGCCACCUCCGAGUCUCCCGUCAACAUCGCCAAGGACGGCCACCCCUGGGAGAGCGGCUCCUCUGGCAAGUACAAGUACCACCCCGGUGGUGACCCCAGCCAGGAGCCCAAGGACGCCCCCAGCGCCCUCAACGUCGUCGUCGUCCCCAACGUCACCCUCCCCGCCGAGCUUCACGACAAGUACAACAAGUGGGGCAAGGACGGCUACCCUUAA